AUGGAGAACUCGUCACUGAGGACUACGAACCUGAGUGUGUGGUCGGACCUGGAAGUGGGGGAGGCGGGGGAGGCGGGGGUCUCUGGGGUGAGGGUCCUGGUGGGCUGCGUGCUCUUCCUCCUCAUCGUCUCCACGCUCCUGGGGAACACGCUGGUCUGCGCCGCCGUGGUCAAGUUCCGCCACCUUCGCUCCAAAGUCACCAACUUCUUUGUGAUCUCGCUGGCCGUGAGCGACCUGUUCGUGGCCGUGCUGGUCAUGCCCUGGGAGGCCAUCACUGAGCUGGUGUGUAGCUGGUGUGUAGAUGGUGCAGACUUGUGUGGCUGCAGAGUCCUUCACGCUCCACUCCAGAGCUCCCGGCGCCUCUCAAGAGCGGUCCCCAAUCAGCGUGGCGUCCUGAUCACCGGCGCGGCGACGACUCGGCCUCUGAUGGCCAUCGCCGUGUCAUUGAAACUCCAUCUCGAGCUGAUGGAAGUGUGCUUAUCUGGCGCCCUGUUGGAGCCCACGCAGUUAGAGGCGACGCUGGAGUGGACUGGGAGCAUGUAA